GCUCGGGGCCCAGAGAGCGCCGCGGCCGGGAGCCGGCCGGCCCCUGACAGCCCCCUUCCCCCGGCGGGCCAAGACGACGACGAGAGCACCGGUCAUGGCGGAGCAGCGGACCCAGCGCGGGCCCUAAGCACCACCGCAUGGAGCGGGACGAACGGCCGCCCAGCGGAGGGGGAGGCGGCGGGGGCUCGGCGGGGUUCCUGGAGCCGCCCGCCGCGCUCCCUCCGCCGCCGCGCAACGGAUUUUGUCAGGAUGAAUUGGCAGAGCUUGACCCAGGCACUAUUUCUGUUCCAGAUGAUCGGGCUGAACAACGAACCUGUCUCAUUUGUGGGGACCGCGCCACAGGCUUGCACUAUGGGAUCAUCUCCUGUGAGGGCUGCAAAGGGUUUUUCAAGCGGAGCAUUUGCAACAAGCGGGUGUAUCGAUGCAGUCGUGACAAGAACUGUGUCAUGUCUCGGAAGCAGAGGAACAGGUGCCAAUACUGCCGCCUGCUCAAAUGCCUCCAGAUGGGGAUGAACCGGAAGGCAAUCAGAGAAGAUGGCAUGCCUGGAGGCCGGAACAAGAGCAUAGGACCAGUCCAGAUAUCAGAGGAAGAGAUCGAAAGGAUCAUGUCUGGGCAGGAGUUUGAGGAAGAGGCUAAUCACUGGAGCAACCAUGGUGACAGCGACCACAGCUCCCCUGGGAACAGGGCUUCAGAGAGCAACCAGCCCUCGCCAGGCUCCACACUGUCCUCCAGGUCUGUGGAGCUAAACGGAUUCAUGGCAUUCAGGGAACAAUACAUGGGGAUGCCUAUGCCUCCACACUAUCAAUACAUACCGCACCUUUUCAGCUAUUCUGGCCACUCGCCACUUCUGCCCCCACAAGCUCGCAGCCUGGAUCCCCAGUCAUACAGUCUGAUUCACCAGCUCGUGUCAGCGGAGGACCUGGAGCCACUGGGCACACCUAUGUUGAUUGAAGAUGGAUAUGCUGUGACACAGGCAGAGCUGUUUGCUCUGCUUUGCCGCCUGGCCGAUGAGCUGCUCUUUAGACAGAUCGCCUGGAUCAAGAAACUGCCCUUCUUCUGCGAGCUCUCAAUCAAGGAUUACACAUGCCUCCUGAGCUCCACCUGGCAGGAGUUAAUUCUGCUAUCCUCCCUCACCGUUUAUAGCAAGCAGAUCUUUGGAGAGCUGGCUGAUGUCACCGCCAAGUACUCACCAUCAGAUGAAGAACUACACAGAUUUAGUGAUGAAGGGAUGGAGGUGAUCGAGCGGCUCAUCUACCUAUAUCACAAGUUCCAUCAACUAAAGGUCAGCAACGAGGAGUACGCUUGCAUGAAAGCAAUUAACUUCCUCAAUCAAGAUAUCAGGGGUCUGACCAGUGCCUCACAGCUGGAACAGUUGAACAAGCGAUACUGGUACAUUUGCCAGGAUUUCACUGAAUAUAAAUAUACACAUCAGCCGAACCGCUUUCCUGACCUCAUGAUGUGCUUGCCUGAGAUUCGAUAUAUUGCAGGAAAGAUGGUGAAUGUGCCCCUGGAGCAGCUGCCCCUCCUCUUUAAGGUGGUGCUCCAUUCCUGCAAGACAAGCGUGGGCAAGGAAUGACCUGUUCCCAGUGCCCCUCCUUAGGCCGGCCACAGCGCCUUGGGUGGGCAGAACAGGCUUCAGAGAAAAGAGCCAGAGAGACCAAGAUGGAGACUGUGGAGCGUUGUUUCCAGCUGCUUCCAUAGCAGGAAGAGUUUUUGUUUGUUUGUCCGUUUUUUUAACCUCAUUUUUCUAUAUAUUUAUUUCACGACAGAGUUGAAUGUAUGGCCUUCAACAUGGUGCACAUGCUUUUGUGUGAAUGCAGCCGAUGCAUUUCCCUGCAGUUUACAGAAUGUGAAGAUGUUUAAUGUUACAGUGUUGUCAUUGUUUAGAGAUAGUUCUUUUGUAUUUUGAGGGAGAGGGUGGGAUGGGGCUGAGAUGACUAUUUCCAUAAUAUUGACAAAGACGACUACCUCAAUGGAAAGGGAGGGGUGUGACCAUCCCUACUUUUUCCACAUUUUCUCAGCAGACCUCGUACAUUUGUCUGUCAGAGAGCAAAAUGCCUUUUUCUAACCACGGAAUUGCCAGGUGAAAGAGCACAUGAUAGAGGGACAAAGCAUUGUUAGGAGGGUUUACCAAGCAAGACAGGUGAGACAUUGGGAACAGGACAAGAGAUGAGGAUUCAGUCAUCUCUUUUCUUUGGAAAGCAUGAAUGAUGAGAGAGUUGGGCACAGUGACCACAUCUAAGCUAGGUGUCCUCCCGCCAAACAAGUCCUUGCGGUAGAAGGGUGCUACCAGUUUCUGCCACUGUCAACUUUUCCUCCAGGCAUAGUUCUGGGAAUAAGCCAAUCCUUGGGACUUGCCUUGGGUUUCAUAGCUACCCAGUUCCCUUACCUGGAUCUACUAAGGCCUACCUUCCUCAGACUCCUUUCCUCUCCCUUGUAAAUUUGAUUUCCUGUUGGCCCUUAGAAAAACUAACUGAGCAAAAUGCCAUGCUCUGAAUCCUGGUGCCCACUACUGAUUUAUUCUCUUUUCACCUUGCUUUCUUCAAAGGGUAGUGGGACAAAGUCCAGACUACUGAAAACUAAACACUCCUCCUUGAAAUCCUCUGUUCCUUCCCACACCCCAUCCUACCCUUACCCCCAUGACUGAAUCUAAAACAACAGUCUUUUUUUAACCGGUGGGAAGGACCGUUUAUCUAUCUGCUAGCCAGAAAUUUUGCCCCUAAAUUCUACUCCUUCCAGUAUCUCCAGAAUGAGACCAGGUUUCCUUAGGACUACAGAGCACAAAGCUUAGAGUGGCCCCACUGCCCCUACAACAUCAGUGGCCUGGCCAACCAAGACCCAGAGGGCUGGAGCUAAAAGUACCUGAAAGGAAGGCGGGGGGGGGAGCUUAAAACUACCUCAUGUUCCUAAGGGCCUGGCUGCUACCUCUGCAGAUAUGGCCUGGACCCCUUGUUCUUUCACUACCUGCCUCACCCAGCCCCAGGGAGUGUGCCUUCCCUCUUGGCUUUGGCCAGUGGCCACACCAGGUCUGUUUUGGAACUCUUUCAGGUGUUUUUCCCUUCUCUACCUUACUAUAGAAGUUGCCCCCGCCUAUAUGCAGGUACCCCCCGCGGCAAAUGGAGCAGACAGAUCGUAUAGCUGGGUGCAUCCUGGGUAGGCUUGAGGGGCCCACAGUACCUCCUCCUGCCUGUUUAGUCAAAGGCUAUUUGCUCUCUCCCCAACUGAGCCUAGCAAACUUUCCCAGUGGGCUGCCACAUCGUGUGCUUACCGGGUAGUCUGUUUCUGAUUGUAAUUUUUUCUCUCCAGUGAAAUGUUACGGGUACCAGCAAAGUGAUGACAUUGUCCGUUGGUGGACCUAAAGCUCAGAGCGUUACUCCUCAGUACCAUUUUCCCAGCUGCUCUGAGGAAAAAAAAAAAGAAGGAAAAGACUUAUUCCUCAGGAAAAGCUCCAACUAGCAUGUUCCUCACAUGUCAAUGGCAAGAUUUUUGUGUAUGUGUCUGUUUAUUUCUAAGUUCACAGUGUUUUUCUUAUUUCCCUGAAUUUUUAUUUAACCAAACUAGAUCACAUUCUUUGGCUACAGGUCAGAGCUCGGAGCUGCUUCCCUCAAAAUAGGGGAGGAGACACAUAUCAGAAACUCCUUUCUCCAAGAUGGCUUCUGUGUGCAGGAUUUUUCUUUGCUUAGAUCUCCAUCUGUCAAAUUACUAUUAUUUUUUUGAAAUUGCUUUUCUUUUAAAUUAAGCAUUUUACCUGUUGUAUUGGGCAUCAAAGGAAAUUGCUCUCCAGUGAGGCAAGAACAUGUCUCUUCAAUCAUCCAAUAUUAAACAGAGCAAGUUGUUAAUUUGAUGAGUGGGGGAAAGGUUCUGCAAGUUGCCAUUGUACAAAUCCAUUUCUACAAAUGUUUGCAGCAGAUUCCACAGAACAAAGAGCCCAUUCAUUGCCAAGAGCCCUGCAGAAUCUCUGAGCCAAGUGGCCGUGUGUUCCAAGCUGGAGCCUGACCUGUGGACCGCCUUUAAUGUCUUCUGCACCCAGUCCUUUUAUGACUUGGGCUUUUUUUAAACAGGGUAAAGUGAAUGUGUUGCAUUGCAAACUCAGGUAUUAUGAGGAGAAGGUAGGAGUAUAGCUAGCAGCGUGGAGACAUUAGGUCAGCCACUAGAUGUAUUUGUGAAUUUGGUUUGAAGGACACAGAGAAAGGUUGGAGGGGGAGGUUUGGUGUGUUUGUUUUUGGCCUUUCUUCCCAUAAUGUUUGGUUAACAGGUAGCCUUUUUGCUAGUGGAGGAAGAAAAAAGCUGUGCAUGUUGUCUCUAAUUCCUCUCUCUCUCUCCUGUCCUCUGCCACCAACAGCACUCACUUUGAGUGAGACUUUUUCCACCAUAAAAGUAUGAUUCUGAAAGCUGUGUGGAAAAGGAGAGACCCACCUCAUUGCACUGUGUUGAAACAUACAAGCUUUUCCCUUCCUUUCCCUUUGAUUAUUUUCUUGACCUAAAACAAGAUUGGAAUCCUGGAACUUCAGCUACAGCUCAUGCUCUCUGGCUCCUUUGUAGACUUUUGGAGUCCUUCACAAGGCUUGGUGGUCUUGCCCUUUGUCUGGGGAAAUCCCCCAGAACCUAUCUCAAAGCGCUCCACCUGGCUCAGCAGACACUUGGCCCACAAAUGAGGUGGGUUAGCCUCCCAGGAUAGAUAGGCAGGCACCACCCUGUCCUGCCCCCAAACACAGAGGAAGGUUGGAGAGAAUCUAAGGGUCUUGAUAGCAUUACUGAAAGUCACCCACUGCACACCGACCUGCCUCUCACUUAGCACCCUUUCUCAGGGAGGCAAGUACUUGGCUAUGGUCAGUGUCACCAGAGCCUUAAAACUCAGGGAACUGAGAGCUAGCUGCCUCGCUCUGCUAUCCGUUUCCUUCAUGUGUUUGUGCUUGAUUUCCUGGAGAGUAAGACAGAUGGAUACAGACGGACAAACCCAGCAUGGGCAGCGUCUAAGCCAUGUCCAAGAUUGGCCAAAGUAAGGGGACACCUGGCCUCCCAGGAGGGCAGGAAUUUGAGCAGUGGUUCCGAGCCUUUGGCUCUGGGUUCCUGGUCUUUGUCUUUUUUUUCUUGUUGCUUUUUAAAAUUUUGUAAUUGUUUUAAGAAAUCCAGUCUUUCAGACCAACCCUUUUAUUAAACUUUGUUCUUUAUCGAUUUUUUUUUUAAGUAAAAAAAAAAACACCACUACUCUUACUCCCCGCCCCCCCCCCACCUUGAUCCACGAGUGCCCCGCUGCCCCGCACUCCCCUCUGUCUUUGCAGUUGAUAAUUCCUCCCUUUUUCUUGGCUUGAAGCAUCUAUGUCCAGGGUCUGUGAAAUGAUGUUUUAUCUGUGUCUCAGAAUGAGAAACGGCAAUCAUUCCACCAGGUGCUGGAAACUAGUUAGCCUUGAGGCAAGGGUUUCUAGGGCCACAGCUCAGGGAUGUGUAUUUAAUUACAGGGUCCUCAGAAACCCCUCUCUUGGCUGCCACAGGCAACUUUUUUCUUGGGCUUGGGAGCCAGACCUGGUCUGUUUCCUCAUAGGCGGGAGUCCACUCCUCUGGCCAGAGAGCCUGCUGAGUCUGGGAGUAAGCGGAGGCUUCCUCUCUGGCCAGACUUGAAGACUUACGGCUAUCCUGUGACAUAACCAUGAUGGCCCUGUCUCUACCAGCUCAUAAGAAGCCUACUCCCUCUGCUUAGCCCAGUCCCCAUCUGGCGUACCCCUUCUGGGCCACAGCCUGCUCAGGAAUCAACUGUGGGCUCAAAAGGAAGCUGUGAGUCAGAUCAGAGCCUGCUCCAAGCCUAAGAAGAAAAGUCAUGUUACUGGUGGAGGCCAGUCUUCCAAAUCCUGGAGCCAGCCCUGCUAGCCAAAGGAUCAUCUUUGCCCUUUGGUUACCAUUGUUUUCUUUCUCUGAAAUGUCUUGUAAUAGGUGAUAAUGUUGUUGCUUCAAAUUUUCAUGAAAAAGAAGAAGAAGAAAAAAAAAAACUACCUCUUAAAUGGCAUCCUGGUCGAUUCCUUUCUGAGGAAUCCUGUGGGAAAAGAAUACUGUAGCUCCUUCUCUGUUUACAUGUUUCUGUCGGGAAAGAAACGCCGCCUGCUCUGGGGUGUUGGUGUUUUUGUCUGUGUUACCAUCCCAGGCCUGCGAUAGGGGCUUGUGGCUGCAUUGUAAUGUCUGGGCUGUGUCUGGGCAGUCCUUCCCACCUGCCUGGCCAGGGAGUAGCCACCCCCUUGUAGAGGCCUCCAUUUCCUUCCUAUGCUCCAAGGCAUAAGGAGCACCACCCCUCACAAACACCACCUUUAGGGGCUCUUUUAGCACGUGCAUCCAUGAGCCUGCCCCCGGGCUACCCCAGGCCCACUUCCACCCACAGUCUUGUAUAGGAAUCGAGUAAACGGGAUGUCUCUGAGCCCUUGUCCCCAAAGGGCCGGCCAAGGGCUGCCCGCCAGCCUGGCUGUAUCAACCCUGCAUGACCAAAUGAUAGUUGGCGGGUUCUGCAGGCUACCCAGGCCCUCUGCUACCUCCCAUCCUGCCAGCUGGCGAGGAAUGGGCCCUGUUCUGUGAAUUGACUACCUGUGGAAAUGUGACCGAUUAGUGUGAAGUGCAUGUUUAGCAAGUGUUAGGUACUGUAUUUGAACCAAUAAAUGUGAAUCCUGCACAUGGCAUCAGUCUGUGAUACUUGUCUGGGUUCUUGGGAGGGAUGGUGGGGUAUCCUAAAGAGCUGGCUCAUGUGUUCAAAUCUGCUGCUCCUGCUUGUAGCUGACACCCACCCCAAUUCCUAUUGCUAAAGGUCUGGCAGAAGAGAUGUCUCAGAAUUGCGUGAGUAAACAGGUUAAGAGGUGAAGGGACUCACCCAGAGGAACUGAGUCUUGUGAGUGGCAAACAGACCUUUGCAGUACAGUGGGACCAGGGUAGUAAUAUUAGGGAUGUUUACAGGGUCUUAAUGGCCCAGAGGAGGGAGAGGCUUGUUCUACUUAGGAUAGUCAGGGCUUCACAGGUGAGUGUUUAAAGGUGGGAUUUGAAGGAAGUCACCAGGCAGAAAGGGGAGGAUAUACUAGGUGGGAGAACCAGCAGCAUUUGCAGAGACUCAUCUGUGGGUCUAAAAAAUCUGAACUAUUCAGGUGUAACAAGGGACUGCUAUGGUAGGAAUGGUAGCAGAUGGGAUUAGAAAGAGUUGAGGCUGGAGAAGCAGGUGGGAACCUUGAAUGCCACAUUCAGGAGUUUGGGGGUGGGGGUGGGAAGCCAUCUGCUAAGUCUCAGGAAAGAAAGCUACACCUCAGUGAUGGCAGUGUACUGAUGAAUGGCCUGCCUAGUGUGUCACACUAUGAUGCAGCAGAUUGUAAUACCUGUCUUUCUAGAAAAGCAAUGAAGUCUAUUAAUAGACUUCGUUUUUCUAUGAGAAAACGAAGACUCUGAGAGGUCAAGGGACUUGCCCAAAGUCACACAGGAAAUGGUAGAGUCAGGACUUGAACCUCCAUCUGCCCAACACAAAAGCCCAACUCUCCUGUUAUCCGGCUGCUCAUAUAAUCAGAAGUGGUAGAGUUUAGGUUGAGGGUUGUGAGAAUAUAUGGGUAACAUGAAGGCUCUUCAUUCUGGGAAGAUAAAGGCUGAGAACAGUCUGAUCAAAGUCUAUUAAAUUCUCAUAUGCUGAAUGAGGGACAGACAGCCCAGCUGCCUUCCUAUACCUCAGUCUCCAGCACAAGAGACUAGAGAGCCCUUGAGGUUUGAAAGAGGUGGUUUUAGAACAAAGGGAACAGCGCAAAACAGAUUAAGAGACUGUCUUCCUUGACCAACAAGAAAGAACAGAUAAGACACAGAGGUGUCAGGAAGAGAAGGAACAUGUUUGCUGAACAUCUAUAUGGUGUCAUGUAAUCCUCAUAACCUUGCAAGGUGUCUGUUUCAGCCCAGUUUUACUCAUAAGCAAACCGAGGCUCAAGGAAGUUAAGCCAUUUGCCUAAAAUGACAUGAGUAAGAGGCAGAAUUGGCUUUUGAAUCCAGGUCUAUCUAAUACCAAAGUUACAACAGGCUUCCUCCCUGCUCAGCCAUAGCAAUUCAGUAGUGCUGAAUAUGAAUGAAUGGAGUUUGUAACAAAGCUCAGUAAUGGCCUUUGGUUGAACUUUUUGCUACUAAAAACAAAACUACAAAAAAAGAAUUUCUGUGAGAGGUAGAUGAACAGACCCAACCGAAUUGAGCUGAAAAGCAGUGCUGUCCCAAACACAUACAAUGCUGUAGAUGCUAAAUCUGUUUGGGUUCUUAGAACAUCCCACGAGGUGGCUCCAAGGGAGAAGAAGUACUGUUGAUUCCCAACCUUCGUUGGCAUAUUAAAGGCUCUACGAAGUUCUACUUGAAGUGUGAUUUUGUUUAACCAGCAUCUACCAAAAGUAUUUGAGCAUGGAACAUUUUUUCCCCCAGGUUAGCUGUUAAAAUUCUGUUGGGACAAUAUUGCAUGGAAUAAAAUUUAGGACACUGCUCUGAAUUUAUAAAUUGCUACUACUUAACAUUGAGCUUUUGGUUUCCUUGAGUCCCAGGCAGUAAUCUGAAAGAAAAGAAGAAUAAAUUUAUAGACAAAUACAGAGCAAGGCAAAGCAUUAUGCUAAACAUUUUAUGUGUGUUAGAUUACUGAUUUCUCAGCAACCUGAGGAGGUUGGUGCUGUAAUACCAUUUUACAGAUAAGAAAAGUGAGGUCCGGAUCAUUAGUAGUAACUUGCCUAAGGUUACGUAACUAGUAUGACCUCAAAGAUGAAUAUAAACCAGCAUUGAAUGAGGGCCUACUAUUUGACAGGAUCUGUGCUGAGACCCUUACCCUUAUGCAAACCCUCUAAGUGGAGCAUCUCUAUGUAACUGAAGAGGAAACAAUGCUGGCAGCAUUUCUGGUUUCUCCAGAAAUCCACAGAAAUGAUGCCAGGGCAGGGUGUUGGGGUGAGAUUGAGUGUGGCAGCAUGAAGCCCUCUUCCAGGAAUCACUUCCUUACAGGCAGCUUGUGUGGUAGUAGGCACAUCAACUAGGGGUCUCCACCACCUGAGUAAUCCCAGCUCUUCCUCUCACCAGUUGUGUUGUGGCCUUGACCUAGAUACCUCUCUAAGCCUCACUUUCCCUGUAAGAUAAAUGGAGAUGCCAGUGUCUGUGUCUCAGGCUUAACGAAGAUUCGUUAUGGCUAGCUCAAAGAAGGGGCUCGAUGAAGCCAAUCCGUAGCCCCUCACACCCUGACCGUAGAAACCAGCAGAGCCAGCAGCCGUUUCUGGCUUUACCUGGCCUUGGUCUGGCUGCCCAUCGGGGUUUUAAGUCCACAGUGAUAAUCAGCCUCUCUGGGAUCCUGUGGCAAAAGUGCCCAACUGCAGACCCAGGACUCUUGGAGUUUUGUUCCCUUGGCAACGAGUCUCACCAUGGAGACCACAGCCCCAUCCUUGCCUGCCCUGCAAGCUCCCUCUCCAUAGACCUUCCCUUCUUAACACCUAGUCCUAGGAGCAGUUUAGGUACUGAGGAAAGUUCCCAGGAUGCUCUUCCUCAGGGUGAGGAGUUUGAGGUACAGCCCAGAAAGAAAGGCAAAAGGAACUCCCAUUGUUUGAAGGUUCACUUCAUGCCUGGCAACGUUUUGAGGAGUCUACAUAUGUGGUCUUAGGUUGAAAGCCACACAUGCCCUAUUUUAAGUAAUGGAAACUGAGGCACGGGGAAGCAACAUGGACCAGCCCAAAGUCUUGCAGCUGGUCAGUGUUGGAGCUGAGAUUUGAAUCCAAGGCUUCUGACUCAGGAACCCAUGCUUUCUCUGCAACUGUGCUCCCCCGCCACCCCCCACACACACCCAUAUUGCCAACACACAGGCUCCAGCCUUAAUGUGGGAAGGGUUGGAUUAGUUGGGUGCAUCUCCACCCCAGGCCUGGGGGGUGCAAGCGGUGGUGCUUCCACCACAAGCAGCAGCCGGUAGUCCUUUGAGAUUGGGGCUGGGCCCAGCAGCAGGAGCGGAGGAACUGCACUAUUUUAAGCCAGGGCCGGAGGCCCCCAUGUGGGCACAGGGAGGGUGGCCUCGGGCCUUUGGCCAGCUUCCUGGAAGUCGCCA